GGGGAGCUCGGGGCCCUAGGAGACCAGGACACCCCCCAGCCCCGCGCGCGGACACUGGGGACCCCCGGGCCCGGACGGCGGGGCCCCAGGGCACUGAGACCCCAGAGCCUCGGGCGUGUGGAGCCCCGACUUCCCCUGGGCUCGGCUGGGCCCGAGAGCCGGGGACCCCUCGCCGGGCGGGUAUCGGCCCACAGGCACCCGGCGCUGAAAGGCUGAGGGACCCCCUCUCCCACCGGGAGCUGGGACCAGGAGCUCCCCGGAUUGAGCCCCUCCCCGGGCCGGGCCCUGAGCCUGGCUCUGCUCACGGGCAGUGAGAGCACCCGCGCUGAGGGGGCCCUGGGCACGGGCGCGCUGCAGUGAGAUCGGGCCGAAGAUUUCACGGGUCUGGCUGCGAGGAGACUUCUGGAGCCCCGUACCUAGAGCUGGACCUGAAGAGAGACUGGGACCAAACCCUGCCUGCUCGGAACAUUCCACUGGCUGAGAACUGAGGAGAUCCUAAAACUGAGCUACCACCUAGUCCCCUGGCCCAACGAGAAGACCAGUGAAGAUCCCAGAGGUCUAGAUGGGUUUGGCCAUGUAGAGAGACUAGGCUCCGUCAGCCCCAGUCCCUCGGCAUGAGACCCAGAGCAAUCACCUCUGCCUCCUCCCUGCAGAUUUUCAUGUGCGAUGGACACCGAUCUCAACUCCCAGGACAGGAAGGACCUGGACAAGUUCAUCAAAUUUUUUGCUCUGAAGACUGUACAAGUGAUUGUCCAGGCCCGACUUGGAGAGAAAAUCUGUACUCGAUCGUCAUCCUCUCCAACAGGCUCUGACUGGUUCAACUUGGCAAUCAAAGAUAUACCAGAGGUAACUCAUGAAGCAAAGAAAGCCCUGGCAGGACAGCUACCUGCUGUUGGACGGUCAAUGUGUGUGGAGAUCUCUCUUAAAACAUCUGAGGGAGAUUCCAUGGAGCUGGAAAUCUGGUGUCUAGAAAUGAAUGAAAAGUGUGACAAAGAAAUCAAAGUUUCCUACACCGUGUACAACAGGCUCUCUCUGCUGCUGAAGUCCUUGCUUGCUAUAACCAGGGUGACUCCAGCCUACAGACUUUCAAGGAAACAGGGCCAUGAAUAUGUAAUACUGUACAGGAUAUACUUUGGGGAAGUGCAGCUGAGCGGCUUGGGAGAAGGUUUCCAGACAGUCCGUGUUGGGACAGUGGGUACCCCAUUGGGCACCAUCACUCUGUCUUGUGCCUACAGAAUUAACCUGGCCUUCAUUUCAACCAGAACAUCUGGUGAGGAGAAUGGAGCAGCAUACCCAUCAGUGGAAGACUCCCAGGAAGUGUGCACUACCUCUUUCUCCACCUCCCCUCCGUCCCAGUGUGUUUUUACUGUCACUAAGGCACAUUUUCAGACCCCUCCUCCUGUGCUGAUGGACACCUUGAAGGUCCCUAUGAUGGGACUGGCCUUUUCACAUCAACUUUCCAGCUCUCGUAUUUCCUAUCAGCCUGCUGCCCUGGGAGUUGGAUCAGCUGACAUGGGGUAUCCAGUAAUCUUUGCUGGUGGUUUGAAUGCUGCACAUCCUCAUCAGUUGAUUGUUCCAGGGAAGGAGGGUGGGGUGCCCCCAGUUCCUAGCCAGCCAGCACAUGGCACUCAGGCUGACCACGAGAGGAUGGUAAUGUGCACCCCUUUGGAUGGAGCCCUCUACUCAGCAGCUACUCCUUCCAGUAGUGAGGACACGGAAACCGUAUCAAACAGCAGCGAAGGGAAGAGUGGCUCCCCGCACAAUCUCUUGGAGACCAUCUUUGUCCGGAAGGUGGGGGCCUUUGUCAACAAACCCAUUAAUCAGGUGACCAUGGCCAGCUUGGACAUUCCUUUCGCCAUGUUUGCUCCCAAGAAUGUUGAGCUGGAGGAUAAUGACCCCAUGGUGAAUCCUCCUGACUCCCCAGAUGUUGAGUCUCCUCUACAGGGCAGCUUGCACUCAGAGGGCUCCAGUGGCAGCAGCACCGGGAACACACAUGACGACUUUGUCAUGGUUGACUUUAAACCAGCAUUCUCAAAAGAUGACAUUCUCCCAAUGGACUUGGGGACGUUCUACCGCGAGUUUCAGAACCCACCUCAGCUCAGCAGCCUCUCCAUUGACAUUGGGGCUCAGUCCAUGGCAGAGGAUCUGGACUCGUUACCGGAGAAGCUGGCAGUCCAUGAGAAAAACGUCAAAGAGUUUGAUGCCUUUGUAGAGACUUUGCAGUAAAGCUGUUUUCUUAUUGCAGCAGCAGUGUCCUUCUGGAGCACCUGGAGGAGGAAGCCCACAAUGUCUGUCUGCCACUCUCCCUUUUGUGUCCAGUUUUUCCCCCCGUAUCUUGUGGGCUUUUUCAGAUCACCUCCUCAAUACUGGGUACAGAUUCAGCUGUCAGUCUCCCCUCAGCCAGGCCCCGGGAUAGUUUUGGACCCCUUUUCCUACUGGCAUUUGAGUACUUAUCUAUGACGCUACAAUAGGGACAAAAGAAAUCAAGCUUUGUUGUUAGUAACCCCGUUCCCCUUCAGUCUUCGUUCUGUGUAUGGAGGGGUUUUAUGGAAAGCUGCCAGAACUGCUCCCUGGAAAGCCUCUUACAUCACAAUUCCUCAAGAUUUAGCUUCUGGGGCACAGACCAUCUUUUCCCUGCAUCUGCAAUUCCACUGGAGUAUAGACAGCCUUGGCUCAGAACAGAGGAUCUGUGUAGUGGCACUCAGCUGGCUUGAGUGCAGGACCUCAGCUCUUAGAAAUGGGGCAUUUCAUCCUGUCUUUAGUGAGUGCAUGGACUGCAGAGCACAAGGGGAUGAGGCAGACUUCCACCUCAUGCACUAUACUGUGCGACACCUAUAGAUGUCUUCACUUUCUGCUCCCAAGGAACUGGGGCUUUGCACAGACUUUCUUUCUGGGGCCUUGUGCUUGGCCUGUCUGCCCAAAUCACAGAUGUGAAACUACAGAAGCUAUGCGGAAGGGCUUUCCACAUUUUCUUGAGUGUAUGAAAACCACAAUGCUAAGGUCCCAGAAUGUGAUUGUACUGGUGCACCUGCAAGUGGCACCCUGGGAGUAUGUUAAAUUUGUAGUUGCGGCUCUUGAAAUGCAGUUGUAAAUAUAAAUAGGAAUUCUAUUUCUCCAGGGUUAUGUAACUAGGAGUCUUAGUCCCUUUUCCCUGCAACCCUUGCUGCUUUAUGGUUAAUAUAUAAGGAACAGGAAAUAUUUAUUGCUUUUAAAGAAACCUAUAUUAAAAAAAGUUAUGUUUUCACAUACAAGUGCAGGUCAUUCUGUCCUGUCACUGCAGACAGCUGUUGUGCCAUGGAGCUCUGUCCCAUGACAAUAGUCUGCCUUUGGUAGGGAAAAUCCAAGAUAUUUAUUUUCAGAGACACUUAUUUACUCUAAUACAGUGUUCUGUUCUGGGGACUUUCUUCCAUGACACCCAGUCUGGGCAUUGAUAUAAGAACACGCAUGUGUUGGUGUAGCAGAGUGGCAGGGACUUUUGUGAAGAGCUCCAUUCUGAUAGGCUUGGGAAAUGGACUUGUUCUGUUCCUCAGCCAUUCCAGAGGUAGCUUGUUCACAGCAGCACACUUUUGGAAAGUUGAUGGUACUCUUUUUAAUCAGCUGGCUUAUGAUUAGCUAAAAGUUUAUUUUUGUAAUGAGCUAGCCAUGAAGUAGUGAGUGGCUGGCAGUACUCUGUGUUUGAUCUGGUUUUUGUGUAUCCUUUGUCUCACGUGAGGAAGGGAGAAGCUGUGUAAUGGCACUAAGCGGGAACUCAGAGUAGGGCUUGUACAACUUUCUCCACCCUUCAGCCACCUGUAACUGGGCUGAGUAACUGAAGAGAUUCCUGCAAGUCCCCCUUGCUAUCCACUGACAAUAUUUCUGUAGAGAGGUGGGAGUUCUCUGUGCUCUGAUGAUCCUUGCUAGUUUCCUUACUACUGGUGGAGUAACUAGCUUCUUCAAAAAAGGCUGGAUGUGGCUUUCUCCAGAGCUCAGCACAAUUCCUGAGGUUGAAAAGGAGGGUUGCUAGAGAAUGACACUAGGCCUUGGGUUACCCCGUGGCCUCUGCUGCCCUCCGCCCUGUGCUGCUGCAAGAGCAAGGAAUUGAGCUCAGGACCUGAACUGAUUCCCAAUACGGUCACAUGUUCUUUUGCUUUCCCAGCCCUUGAGUUGACAGGUGUUUGCUGUGCAGGCUCAGUGGCAGUGUUUUAGUCUAUGCUCUAAAGCACCAGGUAGGGGUAUUAUAACUACUUGAAGCAGCAAACUCCCCUCUCCCAGGCCACCCACCCAGUCCUACUAACUCCCAUAUCAAAAGAAUCAGUCCUUGUUUGCAAGGAAUGAUCCAGUCUCUUCACCUGUCUGCACCAGGCUAAAAGGCCUCCCAGUGAAGUGUAAUUGGAAAUGCUAGAGGUGAAAAUCCCACUAUCCCUGUCAAUUAAUAACACUGACUUAGGGGGCUUCAAAGCAUUUGAUGAAUACUCACUACAACCUGACUGUGAGGAGGCAAGUAAGCUGCAUCUCCACAGUACAGCUGUGGAAACUAGACAUGGGGUCAGGUGUGUCUAAGGUCACACAGUGAGUAAAUGGCAGAGUCAGCAAUAUAACCCAGAUCUCGUGAUUUCCCCCCCAGCCCCAGUCAGCUGGUCAUUCUCCCAAGUCUUGUAGUAAGUUGCAUAUGGACAUACUUUGAUCUUUUAACUUGCAGGCUAUACCUGGGUGAGCUCUCCUGUCGAGUUAUUUGUAGAGGUUAGUAAACUACUGGCAUGCAUUGUGCCUGCUAGGAAGAAUAGAAUAGACCUUCCUGGUGGUGAUCUUUCCUUAGGCAGCAUUGACACUGUAGUUCCUCCUCUUCUUCGUGCUGAACUGCUGUGGUAUCCACUGAAGGCAAGCCAUCAUUCCUGUUUCUGUCUGGAAAGCCUCCAGGGCCUAGUGUUGUGCUCAGUCAUUUUCAUGUGACUUUUACAAGAUCACAGCUCCUGUAUCUCACAAGGCAGAACUUCUGUGUAGCAACCAUGUUUGUUUAAUGCCACCCAGUGGAAAACUGCCCACCUGGGUUGAUAGGGUAUAGCUGGAUAGCCACAGCAAUAAAGGGUUUCUCUUGGGAUGAGAGAUGUGCUUAUUCCUGGGCAAUCCUGAGAGUUUUGACACCUCCAUUCCAAAAUCUAGACGCUCAGCUCUGCCUAAUCAAUGCAUUAGAAAUGAUUGGCCCAAAGCAGUUCUGCAAGAGGGACCUAGCUACUGAUGCUGUGGCCUGCUGUAGAAUUUGUUUAAUGAUGAAUAUUGUCAUAAUUUUAAUAGCCAUCUGCUCAGGCCUGUACUAUAUCAAGGCAGCUUGUACAUAGCGGAUGACCUACAAAUGCUUUGGGUGCAGGGUACUAAAUUGCAUUGUUUUGGAAAUAAUCUCCAAGGCACUUCAUGUAUUCAAAGAAUUUUCAAUAAAUCUUUUAUGUAAGCAACUCUG